GUGCCAGCUCGGCUCCGCCCCGCCGCGGCCCGCCAGCCCCACUCCGGGCGGGAUGCAGGACCCGCCGGUGGCUCCCGGCUCGGGUGCGAGCCCCCACCCUCCCGGUGACCCCCGGACCCCGCCCGGGGAUUCGCCAGCCCCCCGAGGAUGAAGACGCUGGUCCGGCUCUUCCUAACGCUGGUGUGCGCGGCGGUGGCGGCGGUGCUGUACAUCCUGCUCUGCUACCACGCCCGUGUGCAGCCCUGCUGCUCGGCCCCGGGGCUGCGGGACAGCCCCACCGCAUCCAGCGUCCGCAGCUUCCAGGGCUACAGCCGCGUUCCCGACGGGAAGCCGCUGGAGCGAGCGCUGUGCCGCCACUGCGCCGUGGUCUCCAGCUCGGGGCAGAUGCUGGGCUCACAGCUGGGACAGGCCAUCGACGGGCAGGAGUGCGUGCUGCGCAUGAACCAUGCCCCCACCAGCGGCUACGAGCAGGACGUGGGGGCACGCAGCACUAUCCGGGUGGUCUCGCACACCAGCGUCCCGCUGCUGCUGGGGAACCAGCCCUACUUCUUCCAGCAGUCCCAAGAGACCCUUUACUUCAUCUGGGGGCCAGCAAAAAAGAUGAACAGGGAGAAGAUGGGCUCAACCUACCAGGCGCUGGUCAAGGUGAUGGAGAAGUACCCCCAGCUGCAGAUCUACACCCUCACCGAGGAGAAGAUGACAUACUGUGACGACGUCUUCCAGAACGAGACAGGGAAGAACAGGAUGAAAUCCGGCUCCUUCCUGAGCACGGGCUGGUUCACCAUGAUCCUGGCCAUGGAGCUGUGCGAGCAGAUCUGUGUCUUUGGCAUGGUCAGCGACAGCUACUGCAGGGAAAAGAACCACUCCAGCGUGCCGUACCACUACUUUGAGAAGGGCCGGCUGGACGAGUGCAAGAUGUACCUGAUGCACGAGCAAGCUCGCCGGGCCGGGCACCGCUUCAUCACCGAGAAAGCCAUCUUCUCCCGCUGGGCCAAGAGGAGGAACAUUGUCUUCAAGCACCCAUCCUGGGCAGGCAGGUAGGGCGCCAGCCACGGGGUGAGGCGGCAGGACCUCGGCGGCAGGACCUCAGCGGCAGGGCGGCUCCCAUCCUGCAGCAACACGUCUCAGCUCUGCCAGUGGCACGGUUGGACACCUUUUGCCGAGCCCUGGAGCAGGGAGUCUCCGUCUCUGCAGCAGCAGUGCCUGUUUCCCCAGCUGGUGGAUGGGCUGGGAACCCCCUGUUGGUACAUGGGGGACAUGAGCCAGACCCAUGCAGCCCCACCAGCUCCAAACGCCUGCCUGGAUGGACCCAGGGAGACCUGAUUUUCUGCUCUCUCUACUAGGAGGAAUAUUUAAUUCAGGAUUAGAUAUGCUGCUGGACUCCAGCAGGACAUGGGGCAGAAAUGCUCAGCCCCACCAGGGCCACAAACUGGUGCCUCACACGGACGAAGCUCUACUGUGGUCCUUGCCCCACUCGAGCCCUCUGGACAGUGCAGGGUGUGCGGUGCAGGCAGCUGGAUCCAGGCUCUGCCUUCUGCUGCUUGGUGCCUGCAUCCCCUCAGCUGGGAAGCCCUGGAGCCACCUGUGCCCUAGGGGCUACAAGUUGCCUUGUCACAAGUGUCCUUGGAUUCAGACCAAAGCAAACGUGGCCAUUAAAAUUGUUUUUAAGUCA